CGGGGCGUUGAAGCUUCGAAUCCUGGUGGUUUUUUUUUUUCCUCCUGUUUGGCCGAGGCUACGGGUGGCUCUGAGAACAUUCCGAGUCUUGCCAACGUCGACGGUGUUUGUGUUGCUCAGCUUAAAAGUUUCACCGUAGUUAUGAGAGAUGGCGGGGCCCGCUCGACAGACACUAGCAUCACCAUGCAGCCAGUCUACACCAUGUGUUAAUCAAUCAGUUAUGCUGGAGAACAAUUCUCUGUCGAUGAUCCACCAGUUUGACCAGCUACAGGAGGAGCGGGUCCACAGUUACAGACUCUUGGAAGAAGGCCACAAGAUCUACCUAAGUACAGGACCAAACUAUGAUUUCCCCAUGUUUAGGAAACUUGUCCAUGAUGUGACACAAGACUUCAAGCGGAUUUCUGAAGGCAUCAUAGUUGUUGAAAAGGCUCUCAGAACUGACGGCUACACAAGUGCAGCUGAUAUCAUCACUUCACUUCAGGAAAGUGAGAAGAAGAAAUUAGAACUGACUGCCCGCUUGCAACUUUCUUGUGAAAUGUUAGCAGAGAGCGACAAUGGGGAACUGGAAACAAAUAAGGUAAAGGAAAUAAGAAACGAGUUGGGAAAAGUGGUGGAGCAGAUAAACAACUUACUGACAGAACUCCGCUAUGAAAUCCACAAUGGAGAAUAAGUUGUACAGUACGUGUAUUACUGCAAUAGAUCAGUAAAGUAUUGUGUGCCAUAUUGUGAUAAGAAAUUGUUAAUUGGAUGAUUUUUCGGUGAAAAAGUUUAAAAAUGUCAUGCAAAAUUAAAGAUAUUGAAACUUCAUCAUUGUAUUUUUGACUAUGUGGGCCAGUCAUACAGCAUUGCUGAACUUUGAAACAAAUUUCUUUAAAUAAAAAUUUUAUUAUAUAUUUCAAGUACAAAAUGAGAUUGAUUUACUAGUUUGUAAUAGUUUAUUAAUAUUAAUAUAGAAAUUGAUCCAGGAGGACACCAGAUUAAUGGAUAAUAACGGUCUUUUGGAUUUAAUGGAGGAUCACUCUUUAGCUACAUUAGCAAAUAAUACUGUUCUGGUGUCUUGGAAGUUAUCAAAGAGUUCACUAGAUUAAUGAUAUAUACUAUACUGUAAUGGUGUCUUUUGGUAUUGAUCAGGGGCACACUUUGCAGAGUAACAAUGGUGUGUCUUGAGUUUGAGGCAUCUUCACAAAGCAAUUCAUCAAAAAAUUUUUGUGCCUAUUGGAAAGGUAUGUAUCAGCCUCUUUACUUGGGAUGAUGGUUGUAAGCUUCAUAGUGUAUUGACAAUAUACCAUGCAUAAACUAUUGUGUUUUAUUUAGAUAUAAAAUACUAAAUGAUAUAUAGAUUCUCCUGUACACUUCAUGGUAAGAUUAUUUAAUUGUAAUAUUUAUAUCCUCUAAUGGUCACAAAUUAUAAUUUAUUUACCUUUUUUUUUCAUAAUUUGUAUGGAUGUAUUUUAAUGGUAUUGUUAUGCUUGCAUUUAGUGUGGUUUUGAGUACCUUUAUAGAAUAAUUCUGAAGUUAUUCACCUUCAGUUGAAGCAAGAGUUUAAUAUUGUUAAGUGCUCCGGUUGUGACACUACAGUAUUGUUAAUGUAUUUUUAUUUUAUAGGUGACAUUGUAUUUUUUAUUAAUUCUUAGCGGAACUUAAUUUAAAAUAUUCUAUUUUUGUAGACAUGGCCUAACUGCCUUAAAAACCUUCAUGUAUUACUGGGUGAUUAGUAAAUGACAGGUUUAGGCCUUCCAGUAUUAAAAUAAUAUGGUUGGAACUUUGUUAUUGUUUGACUAUAUGUAUUGUGUAAUACAGUAUUCUAUUUUGAGAAAUAAGUGUCUUGAGUUGGGAGCCUGUGACCCCUCCACUCUCAGAAUUUAGACACAACAGUUCCUUGUAGUGAUAACCCCCACUGUAAGAAGGGUGUCUUCCACUCCCCAUGACAAAAUGUAUUUCUAUACCUAUCCCAAUUAUAGUCCUUAGGUUAAAUUACCCAACAUAUUUCCACUACUUAAAUGUGUAGUUGGUUGAUAUUUUGUUCAUGACAUAACCACAAAAUGUGUUAUUUUUUGUCUUCUGGUUCUUAUAAUUAUGUACUUGCUCUUAUGCAUGUAAAACUUAGAGGUGUAUGGUGAAUACUGCCUGAAUACUCCCUAGAUAUUCCUUAAAUAUUUCUCGCCAUCAGUACUACACUCAUUAUAUUUGAGCACUUUAUUCUGGUCACACAUAUCCACCAGGGUGUCAUAGUAAAUAAUUUCAGGCAAUUUGGAAUGCUACACAACUAGUGCUUGUACUAAGCCCAAUCCAUCAGUUUUUAACUUUUGCAAAUAUAUGCUCAGUAACGGGUAUAUUCCCUCAAAUCUGGGACCUUUUGAACCAACACGUAACCAAAUUUGAGGAUCUGUUGGUUUCCUGGGUCGCCUGUGUUACCCUAGGCCUCUCGGGAGACUGCGCACAUUUUACUUCCACAUAAACUCAAUUGAAGGUUUUUUUUUCUUAAAUAACAAAAUGCAUGUACAGUAUAGAAAUAAUCAUUAUAAACAUUAUUUAAAUAAUAAUUAUACUGUAGUCUAUUUAGAAGUCCCUAAGUGAGUUAAAUGGUUUGUUGACUUCCAGCAGCAUCUAGUGAAUUUCAACAUAAGCCAGAAGUAGAGCUCAUUAUUCAUUAUUGUCUGAUUGAAUAAAUAUCUCAAUUCCUUAAGUAUCUAUUUAUAUAAUUUGUAUUUAUUAAUACCUGUACAAUAUUAUUAUUGUUUUCACAUAUCUUUAGAAUUGUGAAUGGUUAAAUUAAACCAAAGCCAUCAGGUUAUUUAUGCCAGAUGCUACUUGUUGCCACUUGGGCCUGUUUUCUUUAGUUAAUUUUAAGAAGUAAACCAAAUGUUCAACUUAUUAUUGUGUGAGUGGAAGCAAAACUUAAGUAAGCAAGGGAAGAAAGGGUCUAGUUUUGAGGGUCUGUACCUGUAGGUUUAAUGUUUCUCUCUUUUUGCUGUUAAUAAAGUCACGGAGGCACA